UAAAUUAGUGGGCGCCUCCUCCCAAGGGUUCUCCGGGCCUCCUUCCCGCUCGCCUACGCUCUCCGGGACAGCAGUUCUGCAGAUCCAAACCUCCAGACCCGUGUGGUAAGGGCCUGGGGUCUGCAGAACGGUAGGAGGGGUAGAGCUAAAUGGGGUCGCGGCGAUCCGCACUCACCCCGCCUGACACCCCCACUUCCCCCGGGUCUCCGCGUCCAUUCCCAAGGAGUCAGUUUCUCCUCUCCAGGCUGGCUCUCCCUGCCGGCCACCUUCGUCUGUUGGGAUGCCUCCGAAGGUCUCUACUCUUUGCAUCCUCUUCCAUCUCCUUUCAAGAGCACCCUAACUUCUUCCAGCUCUCAUUUGAACCCCCAAAGGGCAGUUUCUUCUCUCCAGACUAAAACUGGACCCGCAGCGGGUGGAAAAGCCCCAAAGCCUCCCACACUACGCUGCAAGCUACUUGCUUACCAAGUCCAAAGGUCAGCUAAAGUUUGGCUGAUAAACAGAACCAGUACAAGAAGGUCUUCAGCCCCCCAGCGUGAGUACAAUGGACCCUGGCAAGCCCUGCUCCCGGCCCGGGUCUCCAGCUCUCCACGUCUGCCCCUCAUGCGCUCCCUCUCUCGCUUUUCCCCCCUCCCCACGACCAUUUGCAUCUUGCCGAAAGCCGGGCCCUCCCCACUAAUUUGCAUAUCUUAUAUGGCCUAAUGGUGGCGAUCAUGGCAAGUUAGAAGUUUUCUGACUCCUCUCGGAGGAGACUCCGGGACCCCGGGGAGUAACAGGUGUCUGAAGGGUGGGGGGGCUCCUGGACUUGGGGUUCGCUUGUGAAACUCCCCUCCACCCUCCUCUCUCGCGCCCACCCCCUCACCCCCUUCUUUUUCUGUCCUUGGAAAAUGGUGUCCAAGCUCACGUCGCUCCAGCAAGAACUCCUGAGCGCCCUGCUGAGCUCCGGGGUCACCAAGGAGGUGCUGGUCCAGGCCUUAGAGGAGUUGCUGCCAUCCCCGAGUUUCGGGGUGAAGCUGGAGACGCUGCCCCUGUCCCCCGGGAGUGGGGCCGACCCGGACACCAAGCCUGUCUUCCAUACUCUCACGAACGGCCACGCCAAGGGCCGCCUGUCUGGGGACGAGGGUUCCGAGGACGGGGACGACUAUGACACCCCUCCCAUCCUCAAGGAGCUGCAGGCGCUCAACACCGAGGAGGCGGCCGAGCAACGGGCGGAGGUGGACCGGAUGCUCAGUGAGGACCCCUGGAGGGCUGCCAAAAUGAUCAAGGGCUACAUGCAGCAACACAACAUCCCCCAGAGGGAAGUGGUCGAUGUCACAGGUCUGAACCAGUCACACCUCUCUCAGCAUCUCAACAAGGGCACACCCAUGAAGACCCAGAAGCGAGCAGCCCUCUACACCUGGUACGUCCGAAAGCAACGGGAGAUCCUCCGACAAUUCAACCAGACAGUCCAGAGUUCUGGAAAUAUGACAGACAAAAGCAGUCAGGAUCAGCUGCUGUUUCUCUUUCCAGAGUUCAGUCAACAGAGCCAGGGGCCUGGGCAGUCCGAUGACGCCUGCUCUGAGCCCCCCAACAAGAAGAUGCGUCGCAACCGGUUCAAAUGGGGGCCCGCAUCCCAGCAAAUCUUGUACCAGGCCUACGACCGGCAAAAGAACCCCAGCAAGGAAGAGAGGGAAGCAUUAGUGGAGGAGUGCAACAGGGCAGAAUGUUUGCAGCGAGGCGUCUCCCCCUCCAAAGCCCACGGCCUGGGCUCCAACCUGGUCACUGAGGUCCGUGUCUACAACUGGUUUGCAAACCGCAGGAAGGAGGAGGCGUUCCGGCAGAAGCUGGCCAUGGAUGCCUACAGCUCCAACCAGACGCACAACCUGAACCCCCUGCUCUCCCACGGCUCUCCCCACCACCAGCCCAGCACCUCUCCUCCAAAUAAGCUGUCAGGAGUCCGCUACAGCCAGCAGGGAAACAAUGAGGUCACUUCCUCCUCAACAAUCAGUCACCAUGGCAACAAUGCCAUGGUGACCAGCCAGUCUGUUUUACAGCAAGUCUCUCCAGCCAGUCUGGACCCUGGCCACAAUCUCCUCUCACCUGAUGGUAAAAUGCAGAUCUCAGUCUCAGGAGGUGGUCUGCCCCCCGUCAGCACCUUGACGAAUAUCCACAGCCUGUCCCACCAUAAUCCCCAGCAAUCUCAAAACCUCAUCAUGACCCCCCUCUCUGGAGUCAUGGCCAUUGCACAAAGCCUCAACACCUCCCAAGCACAGAGUGUCCCCGUCAUCAACAGUGUGGCUGGCAGCCUGGCCGCCCUGCAGCCUGUCCAGUUCUCCCAGCAGCUACACAGCCCUCACCAGCAGCCCCUCAUGCAGCAAAGCCCCGGCAGCCACAUGACUCAGCAGCCCUUCAUGGCGGCCGUGACUCAGCUACAGAACUCCCACAUGUACACACACAAGCAGGAACCCCCCCAGUAUUCGCACACAUCCCGGUUUCCGUCUGCGAUGGUGGUCACGGAUACAAGCAGCAUCAGUACGCUUACCAACAUGUCUUCCAGUAAACAGUGCCCUCUCCAAGCCUGGUGAUGACCACACAUCACUUGCUUUGUGCACAGCAACAAGGACCCUAUUUUCCACACCAUCACCCUCCGGGCAGCUGUCACAGAAAAGCCCAGUGACCUGACAAGCACCUUCGAGAGGUCUCUGCUUACCUGACAUCUUGCUGACGCUUCAGACAGCCGCUCCGAGGCGCAGCCCUUCCCUUCUAUGCAGUAUUGUCGCCAUGCCUCUCCCAAGACGUCAAGUACUCCCAUCCCGCCCACAGGCGGGAGACAAGAAACCACAGAAGAGGAAGAGAGAACGCUGUCGUGCCUGCAUUAUGCUCCUUCAUCGAACAAACUGAUGUGAAAACUUGAAUCUGUUACUGACAGGAGGAGGACACGUGCUGUUGAACUGAGCCAAACACACUGUAAAUAUCUGCAGACUCCCCCCCUCCCCACCCCCUCCCAGCUGAUCUCGAGAUUUCUUUUGAAGAAGUAAAUUUGUCCAAUGGGUGUAAACUAUAACCUACUGUAAUUAAGUGCAAUUUCCCCUCCACUCCCUUUCGCCCCUACCCUGUAUAUAAUACUAAAGUGUCUAUUAGUUUUCUUUGUAAAGGUCAGAGUUGAAUUUUCAAAGUGAUUUGCCCCCUUUUUUUCUCCCCCCACGGAGAUGUAUCCUGAGUCGGAAGUGAAGCCUCUGCCCCUUUCCCUCAGGCCUGGACACACACAGGCACUGUACGUUUGGGACUGACUGCCAGCCAACUCCAAUCUCCUGAUGUUAAGACACACCUCUGGAUCCUGGAGGGGCUGAACAUAGUGUCAGACUAACAUCCUAGCUCCCGGUGGGGCUAGGGGUUCAGUCAGGACACCACCCAAGAAACCCCCAAGGCAAGGAAACUGGCUGCUUCAUAGCACAAGAAAAAGUUACCCUUUCAGAAAGCCUCCCAUUAAAACGAUUUAUUUUAUCACC